UUUGUUGUCGUCCUCGUCGUUACUGUUCUUCUUCUGCUGCUAUUCCUUCGUUUUCGUUGUGUUCUUCAUCAUGCUUCCUUGCUCCGCACUCAAGAUGAAAGAAUGAGACAGCUCUGGGAGAUCAUAUCACACUCUGUUUAAGUUACUUCUAUUGUAUCCUAAUUUAUCUAUCAGCUUAUGUGAACUGGUAGGUCUGUCAUCCAUAAGGGGACUGAAUCCUCUUGGAUAUUAUGCAUGUCUGGCUCUGUGGCCUUCGCUGAUAAUGCAACAAGGGAACUUUCUUGGGCAGAACGAACAAGAUCUCUUGAUGCUAUUUCAUUUAUUGACAAAGAACGACCAGUUGUAGUAGCUAAUGGGGAAGCUGCUCAUGCAUCUUGUGAAUCCUCUGGAUUUAGAGUUGGUGAGCUGUUACUUCCUAAUGGAGAAUCGUAUUCUGGGUCAUUACUUGGUAACAUGCCAGAAGGUUCUGGGAAGUACGUAUGGUCAGAUGGUUGUGUAUAUGAAGGUGAGUGGAGAAGGGGGAUGAGGAAUGGGAGUGGGAAAAUUCAAUGGCCUUCUGGAGCCGUUUAUGAGGGUGAAUUUUAUGGUGGCUAUAUUCAAGGUACAGGGACAUAUAUUGGACCUGAUAAAGUAGUCUACAAAGGACGCUGGCGGUUGAAUCUCAAACAUGGGUUGGGGUGCCAAACUUAUCCCAAUGGAGAUCUUUUUGAAGGAUCCUGGAUUCAAGGAGUUAUUGAAGGGCCUGGUAAGUAUACCUGGGCUAAUGGAAAUGUUUACUUGGGCAACAUGAAAGGAGGAAAAAUGUCUGGAAAAGGAACUCUUACAUGGACAAAUGAGGACUCAUUCGAAGGAAGCUGGUUGGAUGGAAUGAUGCAUGGAUUUGGAGUUUAUACCUGGAAUGAUGGUGGCUGCUAUGUAGGAACUUGGACCAGGGGUUUAAAGGAUGGCAAAGGAGCUUUUUAUCCGAGAGGCAGCAAGUUCCCAGCUGUGCAAGAGCUUUAUCUCAGUGCUCUAAGAAAGCGAGGGCUGUUGCCAGAUCUCAGAAAGCAGAACAAUGGUUCACACAUCCGUCAUGCUUCUUCAGUGGAUAUUGGGGAUAUUAAAGUUGGUGAGAACCAAGUUUCACAUCGAGGUUCAUCUGAUAGGCUUCCCAAAGGCAACCUACUAAAUUUGGAUCAAUCUCGAUCUAGGAAUGUUGCUUUGGAAAGACGCUGGAGUCUUGAGGUAUCUAUUGAGAAAGUAAUUGGACAUGAUUUGUCAUUGAGUUCAGGAGAAUCUGGUUUAGAAGGUGACGAAAAGGAGACCUACACAAAUCCUCCAAUACUGGAACGAGAAUAUAUGCAAGGUGUUCUGAUUAGUGAAGUUGUACUAAACAAUAGUUUUUCGUCAUCAUCCAAAAGAGCAAGAAGGCGACAAAAGAAACUUGCAAAGGAGGUGAAAAAGCCUGGUGAAGCGAUUAUCAAGGGUCAUAGAAGUUAUGACUUAAUGCUCAACUUGCAGCUUGGAAUCAGGUACACUGUUGGGAAAAUAACACCAAUACAAAGACGAGAAGUUCGGGCAUCAGACUUUGGAUCCCGAGCAAGCUUUUGGAUGAAUUUCCCCAGAGAAGGAUCACAAUUGACACCCCCUCACCAAUCAGAAGAUUUUAAGUGGAAGGACUACUGUCCGAUGGUUUUUAGAAACCUUAGGGAGAUGUUCAAGAUUGAUGCUGCAGACUAUAUGAUGUCCAUUUGUGGGAAUGAUGCUCUUAGAGAGCUCUCAUCUCCUGGGAAAAGUGGUAGUGUAUUUUUUCUGUCUCAGGAUGACCGGUUCAUGAUUAAGACCCUUCGAAAAUCUGAAGUGAAGGUUCUUCUACGGAUGCUUUCAGACUAUCACCGUCAUGUUCGUACAUAUGAAAAUACCCUCAUCACCAAAUUUUUUGGUCUUCACAGGAUUAAACCUUCAAGUGGCCAAAAGUUUCGUUUUGUGGUAAUGGGCAACAUGUUCUGCACAGAAUUGAGGAUUCAUCGAAGAUUUGAUUUGAAAGGUUCCUCCCUUGGCCGUUCAUCCGAGAACGUUGAAAUUGAUGAGAAUACAACGCUUAAAGAUUUGGAUCUAAACUACUGCUUUUAUUUGGAGCCUUCUUGGCGGGACGAUCUAUUGAAGCAGAUUGAGAUUGAUUGUAAAUUUCUGGAAAUACAACAUAUAAUGGAUUACAGCCUUUUGCUUGGUGUUCAUUAUCGAGCUCCACAACAUUUGCGUUCUGUCAUAUCUUCUCAUCAAAAUUUGUCAACAGAUGGAUUGGGAAUUCUUGCAGAAGAAGACACUCAAGAAGAAGAAAUAUCCAACUACCCACAAAGCCUUGUUUUGGUGCCACGUGGAAGUGAUGAUAGUAGUAUUAUUGUUGGCCCUCACAUUAGAGGUAGACGAUUAAGGGCAUCAGCUGCUGGUGAUGAGGAAGUAGAUCUUCUACUUCCAGGUACAGCAAGGCUGCAGAUCCAGCUCGGAGUGAACAUGCCUGCAAGAGCAGAGCGUAUUGCAGAGGAAGAUAAAACACAGUUGUUUCAUGAGGUAUAUGACGUCGUCUUGUACAUGGGUAUUAUUGACAUUUUGCAGGAUUACAACAUGGGUAAGAAGAUUGAACAUGCAUACAAAUCCAUCCAGUUCGAUUCCUUGUCCAUCUCUGCUGUCGACCCAAUGUUCUACUCACAGCGCUUCUUGAAAUUCAUUCAAAAGGUUUUCCCUCCUAAUUCUCCGUGAGUAGUUCUUUCACACGAUAUGUUCUCCAAUGCAUGCUUAGUUAGGCCUUCCGAUCUUUCAAGCAGGGGCUUGGAAAUGCUGUAGCAUAAUUUUGUGAAGGUUGUUAUAUUUUCUGUUGCCUGUACUGCAAUGUAAAGUUAAAAUGAGCUGGUAUGUUUCCAA